GCAAAUAGCAACAUACGUACGUUGGGCGUUGAUGAAAAGGCAUUUCCUUGCGUUGUCGAUUUGAGCAGUAAUUUCGUCUUUCUUUUCAUUUUUUUGUCCAUAAGACAUAGAAGGAAUUGUUACUUUUAGUUAUAGAGAAAUAUCUGAUCUAGCAAUCGACUUGCAGAUCACCACAAAGGAUGGAUGUUCCCCAGUGGGUCAAGACCUUUAUCUGUUUGGCUGUAGUUGUGGUGUCAGCUUCAGCAACACAAUCUGAAGAAAUUGAAGACAACAAAAUAUCGAUUCGAUUUGAUAAAGUCAACCUGAAGCAGUGGAAUGAGAAUGAAAACGAUCCUACCAACAAAUUCCAAUUGAUUGUCGCCAGGAGCGUUUCUGACUACUGCUCGGGCUCUGACUGUUCACUGGGAGAAAACGGCUCAUCCACCACUCCAUUUACUGUCAGUGACAUCAUGAUUCUAGAGGGUUACCCGACUGAUGAAAAUGCCGACGUCCAGAUUGUGUUCUAUGUGUCCAUCGCUAACCAACAGAAAUCUGAGAGUGGUAACCAGUUCGCUCUGAAGAAAUCAAUCCUGGAAGUAAUUUUGAAGGCUCACUUGAUGGACAUCGCUAACGCUACCAGUUACAGUGUGGUUUUCAUCGGGGAUGAGCGUGUCGGUGCACCGUUAGACGGCACACUGAACACCAUCAUUAUCCCCAUUGCCAUUGCUACACUGGUACUCCUCAUCCUCAUCACGUUGUGCCUUCACUUCAAUGAAAAACGACAAGAGAAGCAGAGGAAGGGAUUGACCACCAUCAAGCGGGGGGAUAUACCUAGCAACGAUGCUCACAGUGAGGGAAUAGUCCUGACGUCAGUCAACAAGAACUCGGGCAAGGAAAAGCGAAAAGGUUGUCGAGAACCGAGACGCAAGAAGAGAACAGGCAGCAGCAGAAAUGGAAAGACUUGGGAAGAUCUGGGAUCAGCCAUGACCACCCAGCAUAUAGAUGUCCAUCCUAUCCCUCAAGUAAAUGGAACAAACUCAAUACCCGCCACCUCACACCCUCCAAAUUGUCAAAGCAUUGACGGUUUCCAUUCAGUACUGAACAGCUACACCAGCUCCAACAUGCAGCUUGAGUCUUGCAACACAGCCCCGGUAAGAACAAGGCGAGGCAAGAUGGCUCGGUCGCGGCAAAUCGACCCGCCGGCAUACGUAACUUUAGACGGUGCAGCGGAUUUCCUCGAGGACGCAGACACUGCGAGCCACUCCUCUAAUCUAGGAUGCAUCAAUCAUGUCAUUGAUGCAGACAGUGGCUCCCAGAGCUCCCACAUGAGGGCAGCAGACAGGGAAUACCUUCUCAAGCCUGCUGGUCGGUUACCCCCACUGGACAAAGUUUAAAAUAGCACAUCAUGUGCAAUUAAAACUGUCGCUGUCAUUGUUUGUGACCCAUCAUGUAUUGCUUUCAAUCUCAAAGCUCUUGAUAUAUUAAAAGAACAAAGAAAACCAAGUUUUAAUCCAUUUAUGCUGCUGCUGCUAUGUUAGUGGUUUUUUAAAGAAUUUUUUUACACUUUUUGAAAUACUUCCUGAAGUAGGAUUUCAGCAUGGAUAUGUGCAUGAUAUAUUAAGGUAUUAGUAUGCAAUAGUUACAUGUACGUGGUGGUUGCAAUAUCUGUGAACUAUACUCUAUACAGUACUGAACACGUUGCCAUUUUUCAAGUUUUUAGGCUCCCUUGACAUUUUUUGGUAUUUUGUACAUGUCUAAACUUGGGACAUUCCUGUUCCAUGAUCUUGAACUUACCAUUAUGAAUAUGGCUCGUGGUUUUCGUGUGACAGGGUUUUAUUCUUUUUUUGUAACCUCAGAAAAUAUGUGAAGACAAUUUUACUCGCAGUGCGCCCCACAGAGUUUCAGUACUGCACAAUCCAUAUUUAAUACUGUAAUGUUCAGUCACUUGACAGUACUUUGCUUUUUAGUAAUUUGAACAAAGGACCGGGCAUUAUCCUUUAAAAGGUUUGAAAAAAAAGUAUAAACAAGUUUCAUCUAGCAAUUCAGUCAUUAUUCUCUGUUAGUGUUUCCUUCUGCCUUUCAUACGCUGGAUUAUUUUUGAGAACGUACGUGGGAAAAAAUGUUCGAAAUUACGUAAGCAGUUGCACAUUAUUAUGUGUUUGCACUAUUAAAAGAAAGUCCGCCUUUCAGAGCAUUCUGACUUUCAGAAGUCAGAUCAAGUGAGAUGUGAACAGAACUUGACCUGGAAAUUGUCUGCAGGUGUGUGCGUUUGUUUUCUGUCCUGCAGUGCGUCUGUCACUGUAAUAACACAAGUGAUUCACUUGAAUUUGUAGAUAAACCCUUGCAUGCACAUCACAUCCACUAAAACACUCCAUUUUGGGAACUAUUGUUUUGGAAUUCUUGUAAAAUUACAAGAGGAAACAACUAUUUUUUGUGAACUCUUUCAAGGCAUUUAUGAAAUCAUAAUUAUACAGACCCUGAGCUUAAAUUGAACUCACAGAAUUGCCACAAUUUGGAAGAAACGUUCUGUUAAUUACUGCUAAAAUAAGCAUUAGUAGACAGAUAUCCAUGAAUCUUCUACAAGCAUUAUAUGGUAGGGUUUCUUUUUUCACUUUCCCAUUUGAUCUGUCAAGCCUGCGAACAAAUUGACAAUCAAUCAUUGUCUUUAAUUGGCCAGUAUUUUGUUGUUUUUGGGUAUGGUGGUACAUAUACCGAGAAUGAGUGGGCUGUAAAUGAUGGGUACAUGUACAGUGUAUUAGCAAGGACAGAGAACAAACUGCAGGGUGGUUCGUACUUGGUGUGAAAGCAUACAAGGAACUCGGAAUGGUGGCAUCAGAUUGAAUCCCUGAGCUGUGAAUGUCUGCAUUUUAGCUGCCACAUAUUUCACUGGCAAUGCGCUGUGAUAUUGACAUUGCUUUGGUUUGGUGCAUGCUUGAAAUCUGAACCAACCUUGAACAGGAAACAGCUCUCUUCUUUGGUCGCAUUUCUUAGAGCUGUUGACCUGGAAAAGGCUGCUUAGCAAGUUGACAAAAUUUCUGCACCAAGCAAAAAAUUCAGCAAGUAGUUGUGAUUUUACAAUGCUUGAAUCCAUGUUGGACCGCGGACUGUUUUUUUUUUUGCUCUGCCAAUAUUUUUAGGGACAGCAUAUAAACGGACUACUACGUUGCUUACAUGUUCAAGUGAAACUUACAUUUAGUCUCGUCAAAGCUAUCUCAUUCAUUUCGUACAUUUAACAGGCACCAAGUUAAACAGUUUCAAGUUUCUAGUAUCUAUGAUGAUUUUGUAUAUUUAUUUCUUUUUAAUACCAAGGUUUCAAGGAAUAGUGUACAUGUAUUUGCUGUGUAUAAAUGAAGGUGAGUUAUUUUACGGUUUCAAAGAAAUAUUUGGAAUGUAUUUAGAGAGACUUGUUUGUCAGUAAAAAGCGGUGAACUGAUUCAAUAGUUAUUUCCAUUUUCAAACCUUCUGAUACACAAUAAUCUGAUUUGCAAAAUGUGUUACUAUUAAACCUCUUUAGUUCUUACAUUCUAGUCAGACUAAAAAUUAUUGAUGCAUGUACUGAACUGAUCCAAAGUUCACAUCUCGUGUUGGUUUGUUACUAACUGGAGAUCUUUCAGAUAAACCUCUUAAGUUCUGGCCAUGGUGUUUAUACUCACUUCUUAUUCUCAUACAAUGCGUGUUGCAUUUAUCUGUUUCUAAAUAAAAGAGUGGAAAAUUGAAA